AUGUGUGAUGAAACAGCUGAUGUCACCACUAAGGAACGCAUGACAUUUUGUAUUAGGUACAUUGAAAUAGAGGGCUUUGUUACCAAAGAAGACUUUCUGGGUUUUACAGAGCUUAAAUCAAAUACUGGCACUUCAGUUGCAGAAGCCAUCGAUGAAGAACUCAAGACACUGGGGCUGAACUAUCAAUAUCUUUGUGGCCAGGGCUAUGAUGACGGCUCAAACAUGGCUGGGAGAUUUAAAGGAGUUCGAGCUCUUAUUUUAAGUAAACAACCGUUGGGUAUUUAUACCCACUGUUUUAGCCACUCUUUGAACUUGUGCGUUUCUAAGUCUUGUGAUACUCCAAUAAUCAGAAGUAUGAUGGGAGUUGUACGAUCAGUUUCAACAUUCUUGACUGCCUCUGCAAACAGAAACAGUUCCAUAGAGGAAGCUAUAUCACGACUACCGUUCACAGAGUCAAAGAAAACAAAGUUGAAGGCAAUAUGGCCAACAAGAUGGGUGGAAAGACACGAUACCCUUAUUACUUUCAAGGAGUUAUUGGUCCCGAUAGUGACCUUGCUUGACGAACUUUCAAGUAGUCAUGAAACCAAUGCAGAAACGGCUAGUAAAACUUGUAUGUUUAGUUCUGCUGUCCGAAGAGGAGACUUCGUAGUAGCUUUAGCAACUGCAGCAUAUUGCUUCUCUUUAACUCUAAAACUAAGCGAACAGCUCCAAAGUCCUAAUAUGGAUUUAACAGCUGCCUUAAAUCAUGUCAAUGAUGUGCUUGAGGUGUUCAACAAUAUAAGGACGGAUUCGGAAAUAGAAUCGGAAGUAUUUUUGAAGACACUGUUAAACUGGCAGAAAAUAUUGGAAGUGUAA